AUGGGUCCCGAUCAUGGCGUCCUUGGUGCGACAUUCAAAGCCACUCGGGCCCUUCAGAUGGCCUCGAUGAUCGCCGUCAUUGGAAUCACGGCCAAUUUCAUUUCUGAGAUGGUCAAUGCUGGUGCAAAUCCACCAUCGGUCCUCGUCGCCAUUCUGAGCAUUGUCUGCAUUGCUGUGCUGUACUGUGCCAUUACCCUCAUUCUUUACUUCGACAACAUUCUUCCGUUCCUGAUCAGCACUGGCAUCGACGCUCUUUUCCUGAUUGCCCUGAUCGUCGUUUCAGUUGUCGUUGGCAAGCCACUUUCAUAUCUGAACUGUCAGAAUCUGGACGAAACAUCCAACGCUACUUCGAGCGCUUUCGACUUUGCUUCGGCUCUCGGCAACAGUCUCAACAAGAGUGGUAAAGUCAAUUACUCCCAGUGGAUUAAUACUUCCAAGGCGACGUGCUUGGAAAUGAAGUCCAUUUGGGGCUUGAGUAUUGCACUUUGUGUUCUAUUCACUUUCUCGGCGGUGAGCACCAUCUGUCUCUGGAAGAAAACAAAGAACCCUGGUGCAGACAAGAGCGCGGCUUGA